UUCGUGGUGUAGAGAGAAGAGAAGAGUAAAGAGGAGAGGACUGGUAGAGAGAGUGCCACAAUCUGACUGCAAGCAUCGAUAGAAAUAACGCCACAUUUCCAUAAUUUCCAAAUGAAUUAUCAUCACAUGGAUUCGACUGACAACUGACGACCUGAUCUGAGGGUCUCUAUCGGAACACAGAGUCUUCCUCACGGGCUGUGGUCGGGAGCCCUUCACACUGCCAGGAGAUCACGUAAAGUCAUGGCGCAGACAAACAGUUAUAGUCAGAGCAGCAAUGGAGUGGCUGAUGAAUCCCCCAACAUGCUGGUCUACAGAAAGAUGGAAGAUGUCAUCGCUCAUAUGCAAGAUGAGACAAAUGGAAUUCCUGUCCGCACAGUCAAGAGUUUUUUAUCUAAAAUCCCAAGUGUUUUUUCAGGUUCUGACAUUGUACAGUGGAUGAUCAAAAACCUGAACAUUGAUGAUCAAGUAGAAGCACUCCACCUUGGCACUCUGAUGGCAUCCCACGGCUACUUCUUCCCCAUCUCAGACCAUGUGCUCACACUGAAGGACGAUGGAACCUUCUACAGGUUUCAGACUCCCUACUUCUGGCCAUCUAACUGUUGGGAACCUGAGAACACAGACUAUGGUGAGUACAGCAGACAAUACAGCAGACUAUGACCUAAAUCACCUAAUUGUCUCACACACACACACACACAUUAAAC